AUGGACGCCACACCUUCAGCGAUGCUGAAACUCCUUGUGCCGAAGGUGCCGUUCAUGCUCAAAACGGCACUCUGGCACACCAUCGGUCAAUCCGCCACAUCCUCAAAAUGGGAUCUCCGGACAGAGCUCACCAUCAACAUCCUCCGUGACAUGAUCGGCCCCAACUCUGCGCCGACAUCAAUCUCAAAAGUCCAGCGCCUUACUACAAGAGACCCCGGGAUCAAGGGAAACAUCUGGGUCAGCAGAGUGAAGCUGGAGAUGCCGGAGGAAGAUGAUGUGCGGCAACUGCUCUUCAAAGCGAUCGACGAAAUGGGCACAGGAGAGGAGCAAUGGACGAAGCCCGACUCGGCACCCCUAGAAGCAGAAUGGAACGGAUACCGCGACUCUGCCCCCGACCCCAAGGCCCCUGAGCCCUCCGACCGAGAUGAGAAGCAAGACUACGCCAAUCUCAUGCAAGAAGUCACGUCCAAAGUCACCCUCCUCUACUUCCACGGCGGCGCAAUGUACCUUCUUGACCCCGCCACCUGCCGCCCGACUACCGCCCGCCUCGCAAAGGAGACAGGCGGCCGCGUCUUCAAUGUCCGAUACCGCCUCGCUCCCGCGAACCCCUUCCCUGCCGCCCUCCUCGACUGCCUGACCGCGUAUCUCUCGCUGCUGUACCCGCCCCCCUCAGCGCCUCACGCCGCCGUCCCCGCGUCAGAAAUCGUCUUUGGGGGUGACUCCGCCGGCGGCACGUGCUGCACAGCGCUGCUGCAACUCCUCCUACACCUACACCGGCGCUCGCCGGGCACCAUCCCCACCGUCCGGUUCCACGGCAAGCAAGUCCCCAUCCCGCUGCCCGCCGGCGCCGCGCUCGCCUCCCCGUGGCUCGACAUCUCGCGCAGCCUGCCCAGCAUCGAAGCCGCAGUGACCUUCGACUACCUCCCGCCCCCCUCGCAGACGGAGAAGCGCUCUUUCCCUCCCUGCGAGAAGUGGCCCGCGAGCCCGCCGCGCGCGGACCUGUACUGCGAGGCCGCCGCGCUGGGGCACGCGCUCGUGUCGCCACUGGCGGCGCGCGACUGGUCUGCGUCACCCCCGCUGUUCUUUAGUGUCGGGCAGGAGAUCAUGCGCGACGAGGCUGCGGUGCUGGCGCGGCGCGCGGCGCGCCAGGGGGUGCCGGUUGUGUGGCGCGAGUUCGAGGCCAUGCCGCACUGUUUCGCGAUGUUGCUGGAGGCGAAUCCGGGGACGCCGGUGCAUUUUGAGGAGUUUGCGGGGUUUUGUCGGGGCGUCGUGGGGCAGGAGGGGGUGCAGACGAAUGGGGUGUUUAUUGAGGCGAAGACGCUGGUGAGGAGCGAGAUGGAUGUUGGGAGGUUGACGGAGUUGACGGACGAGCAGGUGGCGGAGUAUAUGAGGAAGGGGAGGGAGCGCAUCGAGGCGAAGUUCAGGAGGGGGAUGGAGCCGGCAGCGGAGCGGCCGAUGUUGUAG